AUUUUUAUAUUGAGUUCGCGCCACAUGCCACAAUGGCGACAUUAACAAUCAUCCCGAAGUUUAUGUCAUUUCGGAGAAAACCGGCUAAUUUAUUAGAAAUAUCAUUAAGCAGAAAUAAAUAUUCCCCUUUUGGAAAAGUUCUAGUGGCUUAUUUAUGCACGGAACACAAAUAUAUGUACGAUCUGGUGGUUCUGGGAGGAGGUUCAGGAGGUUUAGCUGCUGCAAAAGAGGCUGUUGAACUUGGUGCAAAGGUUGCAGUUCUCGACUAUGUGACCCCAACUCCUUUGGGUACAAAAUGGGGUCUAGGUGGUACUUGCGUUAACGUUGGUUGCAUUCCAAAAAAGCUUAUGCAUCAAGCCGCUCUUCUCGGUGAAGCUAUUCACGAAUCUGUUGCAUUCGGAUGGCAAUUACCUGAUCCAAAAACAAUUUCCAUUGAUUGGGAAGCAUUGAGAAAUGCUGUUCAAAAUCAUGUAAAAUCUGUGAAUUGGGUAACUCGAGUUGAACUCAGAAAUAAGAAAGUUGAGUACAUAAAUGCUCUUGGACACUUUCAAGAUCAAAAUACAAUUGUUGGCAUUAUGAAGAAUGGAGACCAGAAAAUUAUUACAGCGCAAAAUGUUUUGAUUGCCGUGGGUGGAAGACCCAGGUAUCCUGAUAUUCCUGGAGCCGUUGAAUAUGGAAUCACUAGUGACGAUAUUUUCAGUUUGGAGAAAGCUCCAGGCAAAACGCUUGUCGUUGGUGCUGGAUAUAUUGGAUUGGAGUGUGCAGGAUUUUUGAAUGGAAUGGGUUACGAUGCAACAAUAAUGGUUCGCUCGAUUGUUUUGCGUGGAUUCGAUCAACAAAUGUCGAAUAUUGUCGCUGAAGAAAUGUCCGAUCGUGGUGUUCAUUUUAUUUAUCAAGCAAAACCAAAGGCAAUUGAAAAGCAAGCCGAUGGUCGCCUCCUCGUUCACUGGGUCGACAAGGAUGGAGCUGUUCAACAGGAUGUCUACGAUACUGUUCUGUUUGCAAUUGGACGUAGAGCACUUACCAAGGAACUAAAACCAGAAAAUGCAGGACUUAUGCUUGUUCCUGAAAGUGAGAAAAUAAAGGCCGUAAAUGAACAGACGAACGUUCCCAAUAUUUUUGCAGUUGGAGAUGUUCUUCACAAACGACCGGAAUUGACGCCAGUGGCAAUACAUGCGGGAAAAUUAUUGGCACGCCGACUCUAUGGGGGUUCAACUGAUCAAAUGGAUUAUGCAAAUGUUGCUACAACUGUUUUCAGUCCCUUAGAAUAUGGAUGUGUUGGAUUGAGUGAAGAACAAGCGAUUGCUUUGUACGGAGAGGAGAAACUUGAAAUUUAUCACGCCUAUUAUAAACCGACAGAAUUUUUCGUUCCACAAAAAAAUGUGAAACAUUGUUACGUUAAAGUUGUUGCACUUCGUGAUGAUGAUCAACGAGUUCUUGGAAUGCAUUUCAUUGGACCGAGCGCUGGUGAAGUUAUUCAAGGAUUUUCCGCUGCUAUCAAGUCUAAUUUGACAUUCCCAAUUUUAAAAUCAACUGUUGGCAUUCAUCCAACAACUGCCGAAGAAUUUACCCGAGUUUUCAUAACAAAAAGAUCCGGAAUGGACCCAACACCACAAAGUUGCUGUAGUUAAAUUAAAAACAAAAAGUAACAAUUGACACGCCUAGAAACUUUUUGAAAUUAUUAUUAAAAAAAGAAUGCAUCUAAUUUUUUUUACAGUGAUGGGUAAGGUGAUAGCAUAUUUUUAACGAGAUUCCAAUUGAUUUUAUAUACAAUUAAAAAAGAAUAUUUCUAAAGACGAUUCUUUUUUUUGGUUUUUUUAAGUAAUAGACGUAGUUUUAAUUGUUUAAAAAAAGUGAAUUCUAAACAGUUUGUUGUUAUUAAUUAAUAGUAAUAAUUACUAAUGACAAGAGAAUUGAAUACAAAAGGCUUUGUUGAAGAAGCACAUUAAUUUUUAUAUUCAGUAUUUUAGUUUGCAAUUCCAAUGAGCGAAAAAAAAUUAUAUACACAACUUUGUUAAGAAUGUUUUAACAUUAAAUUCUUAUUUUUCAGUUGUAAA